AUGCCUGUACAGGCAUUUGUGGGAACCAUAUUUGAGACCCCGGACCGAAACACGUUAAACAUUAUCCAGGAUGCCCUGGUUGUGGUGCAAGACGGCACAAUUGAGCAAGUGAUCAAUCCAGCAACCGAUGCUGCAGCCUAUGCAAGGGCAGCCGAGGAGGCUUCGGCCGCUGGGCACCUCACUCGUCUCAAGAAAGGCCAGUACCUGAUUCCUGGACUCAUUGAUGUGCACGUUCACGCGCCGCAGUGGCCACAGCUUGGUACGAGACUUGAUAUGAGUUUGGAGAUGUGGCUACAGCAGUACACGUUUCCGUUGGAGGCGCGUUACAAGGAUCUGGAGUUUGCGGAGAAGUCGUACAGCUCACUCGUGUCCGCGCUGCUAGCGAAUGGCACGACAACUGCGGCGUACUUUGCGUCGAUUCACGUAGAAGCCAGUGUGCUCCUUGCACGUAUCUGCUUGGAGAAGGGACAGCGCGCAGUGGUAGGCCGCGUUGCAAUGGACCUUGGUGAUCAGUGUCCUGAGUACUACCGCGACGCCUCGCCGCAGGAGUCAGUGGCGCAGUCAGAGACCUUUGUGCAGCAGGUGCGUGCGCUGAAGGGCAACACAGACGGCCUAGUGCUUCCUUCUGUAGUCCCUCGUUUCAUUCCGAGUUGCACCGAUGAGGCGCUGCGUGGACUGGGUGAGCUAGCAAAGAAGUACGACUGCCACGUGCAGACACACUGCUCCGAGAGUACUUGGGAGCACAACUAUGUGAUUGAGCGGUAUGGCAAGCACGAUGCCCUUGUCCUCGACAGCUUCGGACUUGUGACUCGACGGACCGUCUUGGCGCACUCCAACUACUUAUCCACGGAGGACAUGCAACUGAUAAAGGAGCGCGGGGCAGCUGUGGGUCAUUGCCCGCUGUCUAACUUCUACUUUUCAGGUGCCGUCUUCCCAUUGAAAAAGGCUUUGAGCAUGGGCGUGCAUGUAGGGAUGGGAACAGACAUCUCUGGUGGCCCGAGCGCCUCGCUGUUCGACGCGUGCCGCCACGCGCUCACGGCGGGCCGCGCUUUGGAGUGCGGCACCGAUCCGUGUCUGAGUGCCACGGAGCGCAGCCAGCACCGCGGCGCCCGCGUGAGCAGUGUGGAGGCCUUCUUUGUGGCUACCGCCAAUGGUGGCAUCUCCCUCGACUUGAAGGUCGGUCGUAUCGCACCAGGCUACAUGUUCGACGUAUUGAUGAUCGACACUACACUUCCGAAGAGCAGCCUGAUGGUCUUUGAGGGCAUCGACACCCUGGAGGACAUCUUCCAGAAGAUUGUUUACACCGCCGCGCCGCACAACAUCGUGCAAACAUACGUGAAUGGGCGUCUGGUCUCACAGCACUGA